CAGAGUUGGCCAGCCCUUUUAAGGGCUUAGGAGAACGUCAACACACUCUUCAUCUUGAAUGAGUCAUAGAUGCUUCUAGAAGAAAGGGCAGGUUUGUCCCUAUGCCACCCCUGGAACGCUGCUGGCUGGUAACUUGGCUGUGAAGGGCGCUGGACGCCUGCCGUCCGCCUCUUAUGCACUCCACCACCCCCAUCAGCUCCCUCUUCUCCUUCACCAGCCCUGCAGUGAAAAGGCUGCUAGGCUGGAAGCAAGGAGAUGAAGAGGAAAAGUGGGCCGAGAAGGCGGUGGACUCUCUGGUGAAGAAGUUGAAGAAGAAAAAGGGAGCCAUGGACGAACUGGAGAGGGCACUCAGCUGUCCAGGGCAGCCUAGCAAGUGUGUCACGAUUCCCCGCUCCCUGGAUGGGCGGCUACAGGUGUCCCACCGCAAGGGGCUCCCUCACGUUAUUUAUUGCCGGGUGUGGCGUUGGCCCGAUCUCCAGUCUCACCACGAGUUGAAGCCACUGGAGUGCUGUGAGUUCCCUUUUGGCUCCAAGCAGAAAGAGGUGUGCAUUAACCCUUACCACUACCGCCGGGUGGAGACUCCAGUGCUGCCUCCUGUGCUUGUGCCAAGACACAGUGAAUACAACCCCCAGCUCAGCCUCCUGGCCAAGUUCCGCAGCGCCUCCCUGCACAGCGAGCCGCUCAUGCCGCACAAUGCCACCUAUCCCGACUCUUUCCAGCAGCCUCCAUGUUCUGCACUCCCUCCCUCACCCAGCCACGUGUUCUCGCAGUCCCCGUGCAUGGCCAGCUACCCUCACUCCCCAGGGAGUCCUUCCGAGCCAGAGAGUCCCUAUCAACACUCAGUUGACACACCACCCCUGCCUUAUCAUGCCACAGAAGCCCCAGGGACCCAGAAUGGCCGGCCUGUAGAUGUCAUAGCCGAUAGACAUUUAGUGCUAUCAAUACCAAAUGGAGACUUCCGGCCAGUGUGUUACGAGGAGCCCCAGCACUGGUGCUCAGUUGCCUACUAUGAACUGAACAACCGAGUUGGGGAGACAUUCCAGGCUUCCUCCCGAAGUGUGCUCAUAGAUGGAUUCACUGACCCUUCAAAUAACAGAAAUAGAUUCUGUCUCGGACUUCUUUCUAAUGUAAACAGAAACUCUACAAUAGAAAAUACCAGGAGACACAUAGGAAAAGGCGUGCACUUGUACUACGUCGGAGGAGAAGUGUAUGCCGAGUGUGUGAGUGACAGCAGCAUCUUUGUGCAGAGCCGGAACUGCAACUACCAGCACGGCUUCCACCCAGCCACUGUGUGCAAGAUCCCCAGCGGGUGCAGCCUCAAGGUCUUCAACAACCAGCUCUUUGCUCAGCUGCUGGCUCAGUCAGUUCACCAUGGCUUUGAAGUCGUGUAUGAGUUGACUAAGAUGUGCACUAUCCGGAUGAGUUUUGUUAAGGGUUGGGGAGCUGAGUAUCACCGCCAGGAUGUCACAAGCACCCCCUGCUGGAUUGAGAUUCAUCUUCAUGGACCGCUGCAGUGGCUGGACAAAGUGCUGACUCAGAUGGGCUCCCCACAUAACCCGAUUUCUUCAGUGUCUUAACAGUCCUGGUCUUCAGCUAUAUUUACAUAGAAUAGAUGCUAUUGCAGGCAGUGGCUUAUAUCAUUUCAGAUUUGCAACUAACUGAAGUUUCUAAAUACAUGUAUAAAUACAUAUAAUGUAAACUAUUCAUAUGUUUUAUCCCCAUUUGUUUUGUGCUUUCUAGUUAACCUGGUGCCAGUACAGUGUGAUUAGAAAAGCAGGUUUCUCAUGCCUGUGCUGUAAGAAAGAAACAAAUGAAUGGCAAUAGUGUCAACAGAAUUUAAAGGAAGCUGGCAGAAUAAAAGGCAGCUUUAGUCAGCCAUGUCAUUAUAAAGCAUGUUGUGUGGCCUCACAAAAACACUGAAACUGUUCAUAUAGCCAAAAUUAGGUAUUAGCAGCACUGGAGCAAAUAACACUUUCAGACAAAACAAAGCAAACUCAUAGAGUUUAAAAGAUCUCAGUUUUAGUGCUAUUAUUAGUAAGAAAAAAACAAGCUUAUACAAUGAAUUAUGUGAGAUAAGCCACAGAAACUUUAUUUCUGAAGUUGACAUACCUAUAGCUGGACUAUUGUGCUGAUAUUAAUGGUACAUUUUAAACAAAUUUAAACUGUGAUUGGAAAAGAAAGAAAACUGUGAAGCUAAAAGUCAUGUUGCCUCAUCUACCACUGUACAAAAAAAUAGAGUCUGUUAUGGGAAAAUAAAUAUGAAAAUAGCAUGAA